AUGCAUCGUACCGGAUAUUCGUCGCGCGACGAUGUCAGCGUCAACUCCUUUAUAUCGUCUUCUGGAGAUGCAAGCCCGUUCGGGGAUCUUGACCCCAGGGCCAGAUCGACCUCGGAUUUGUUCGAAGUACCAGUGGGUCGUAUCAAACCGAAGCUUUACAAACGUUCCUCAACAUCUUCUGCCACAUGCAACCCUCAAAACUUUCAACGGACCAGUCGAAAUUUGUCGUUGAUACCCGAGCAGGCCCAAUUGCCAAACUUGCCGUCACACACUUUAACACCCUACCAGAAACAAAGAAAGCGUAUGAAAAACAGCUUCCAAUUCCCAAACGGUGAAAACUUCACCCCCAAGCAAAAACCCGUCAAAGCUUUCCCCUCUUACACUGAAAAUACCCACAGACGUGGACUACCGAAAUCAGCAAGCUGCAGCAAUUUUCACGCUGGCGUGGAUCGACCAGGUUUCUCUGUGGUGCCGGAAAGGCCCGAUCCCGCCGUUCGCUCUGGAAGCUUCACAACAGCGACCAUUUCGAGCAUACCAAUGCCUCCGACAAAUCGUUUCCACAAAUCCGCAAGUACUUCCAGAUUGUCGCAAGAGGCGAUGUUCAGAAGUAAUCAAGCGCCAACCGUUUUAAACACACCGAGCGGUAGACCCCCAACUCAUUCCUCUACUAGGUCCGCUCCAACAUAUCUCACUAGCGAUUCCAACAAUAAUUUAUCAAAAACGCAGGCCGUUUCCAGUAAUAAUUCCACAAACAGCACCAACAGUAUGCGAAGUGAGAAUGUUGUGAGCAGCAACACAAGCACAGAUGCAAGUGAAGCUCCCUUAAAGCCUGUUACGGCUGUUAAAGAUGUUCCUCCAAUCUCUCAUUCCCUAAAGCCUUCUUUGCCUGCGCGAGUAUUGUCAGCGCCCAAGAAAGCACCUGUCUCUACUUAUGCUCACACGGUGACAACAAAACCAACUCCUUUGGUCAAACCUGUACAGAAAAGUCCAUUGGGUGAGUCGGAUAAACAAAGUGUUAGGAAUGGGCUGAAAAGAUCUUCUUCUUCUCGAAUAAGUUCCUUUUUCAGAAAGCUAUUACCAACGAAGAAGUCCAAAAAGGAGACUGUAGAGAGCAGACCAGCGUUUUUCAAAAGAAAAACCUCGAGCCUUGCUGAGGCCAAACUCGUCGAAACACCAAGCAUUUCGGUAUCUCGUCCAAGCCAUUCGCCCUCCAAUGAGAAUGUCACUUUUUCUGAAAAAGCAGAGGUAAAGGAAGUCGAUAUGGACGAUGCUAACGACGGUGACAAUGAAGUGGAUGAAUUUGACGACGAUGAUGACCAACUUCUUGACAUAGACUUGGUUUUUGACAGCUUACUACUGAAGAACGACCACCCUAUCACCACCGCACCAAAAGCACGCGAGACACCACAACAGGCCAUUUCAAGGGAUGCAGAACCUUCAAAACCAGUAGAUAAAAACCAGACAACCACGGAGGAGAGCAAUAUAGACUACGGGCUCAUAGAAGAAUUUUCUCGGCUGGGAAGCUUCAUCGCCGAUGGGUAUCAGCCACCUGAAAAUUCACUGGUGAUGUCCCCUCCACCCCGAUCUCUCAGAAGACCUCUUUUGGCCAACAAAGAGUCGGUGGCUGGAUUCUAUCGGAAGCAUUCAUCUGAAAACAAAACCUCAGACCCCGAUGAAAGGCUAGAUGCCAAUUUGAAGCGGGAGUGGGAAAACGUUUAUUACGACACGGUCAUUGCCAUCGUGGCUGUCCAUCAGCAGCCUGUCAAGGAAGUGCAGCCCAAAAAGCUGAGAUUCGGACAAGCUGUUUAUGUUAAAGACACGUAUGCGGCUAAUGAUUACGAAAGAAGUGACAAGAAAUUCAUCCGUGCUCGUCGCCGGAUGAUGCAAACUCAGAACAUGGCGUUCAUUCAAGCCGUGAAGCAUCAACUCAACGACUUCAAAAGAGAGGAAAUGAAGGUUCACAAUGAAAGUCUCAAGAACACUCACUACUUUCUGUAG